CUGAUCCUAAACGCACACAUUUACCCGAACGCAUAGCUCUUUAAUCCCAUGGAAUAAUUUACGCCGUGAAUGCCGGAGUCCCCUAGGAUGGUCCCUUUAUAAGGGGACAGCUUCCCCUGAAAUUUCAGUCUUUUUCAUCUGCCAGGAGACUUUCACACCUCUCUGAUUCACAGCUGAACUCAUUUUUUGGACUUUUCCUCUGACAGUCGUCCAUGGCAUCAAAGAUGAAGGACAGGAAGAGAACUCCAAUUUCCCACAAAGUUAUUGAGAAAAGAAGACGGGACCGGAUUAACCGAUGCUUAAACGAACUGGGAAAAACCGUACCGAUGGCGCUGGCUAAGCAGAACUCUGGAAAACUGGAAAAAGCUGAAAUCUUGGAGAUGACUGUCCAGUACCUACGAGCUCUGCACUCCGCGGAUUUUCCCCGUGGGAGAGAAAAAGGCGAGCUGCUGGCUGAAUUCGCAAACUACUUCCACUAUGGAUACCACGAGUGCAUGAAGAACCUGGUGCACUACCUGACCACGGAGGACAGAGCCGAGACCAAAGACAUCAAGUACGCGCGGAUUCUCGCCUUUUUACAGUCCAAAUCUCGUGCGGUCACCGAGCCCGUGUUCGGCUCCGUGGCCUCGAUGUCCGACCCGCCCGACUACCUUGGCCACCUGCACUCCUCCCCGGAGCACCAGAACCACAGCCCCUCGGACUCAGUGUACCAGCCGAACCCAACAGGACACUUCUCGUGGCACGGUUCCGGACGCGGUCAGGGCAUCUCCUAUCCGGCGGUGCCGCUCUCUGCGCACACGCAGCAGCACGGAGGAUACUUGUCGCCGGUGCAGGGACUCGAUCACCAUUACUUCAACUUUAUAGGUCACACGCACGCAAACACGUUCAGUUUGCAUAGCGCUCAGCACGCCAUGUAAAAUAAAUUAGCUCUAUUUUAACUUA